AAGUCAGGUGGUAGCGUUGAGUUUUUGUUUCUCCUCUCUCUCUCUCUCUCUCUCGGUUCCUCUGUUCAGAAGAAUAUACCCCAAUAUAUAUCUCUCUCAAGGUUCCUCUGUUCAGAAGAAUAUACCCCAAUAUAUAUAAUGUAUAUACAUACAGCCUCGAUGGCCUUGUUGCUUGAUUCAAUUGACAACCCAGUACGCAACAUUGAGACCACAUCUCAUAUCGUUAUUGUUCAACUAUCAUAGUCUUAUAUAUGUUGGUAGACAUGCGAUCUCAUUCAUCAUCUGCAAAUCUACUUUGUUUCUCUCAUGUGGGGGUUUUGUUAUCAUCGAAACGGUCCUCUCUCUCUCUUCCUCGCAUUUCAUCGAAUCGAACAUUUGGCCCUCAUCGACCCAGCUCUUCUUUUCAUCUCAAGCUAUCGGGAUCAGGUGUCGGAAAACAUGUAUUUCGGCAUAGGAUUAGUCAAGUUAGAGCAAUGGAUGAGGGUUUUUCUUCACUUGAUGACUGGGAGGACACUGAGGGGAUUGUUGAAUACAUGCUUUCAUCAAGUGAAGGGGAAGAUAGUGAUGGAGAAGUCAUGCUAAAUCCACUAACCGAUGUUGAUUUGCCUACAGCUAGAGAGCACUUUCCUACAUCUAAUGAUACUUUGACUGUGACUGCCCAUCGGCUUGCGAUGAUCAGGAGAGGACGUAGGAAAAGUAGGAUUAAAUACGGAAUGAUAAACAAUAUUGGACUCAUGUCCUUCUUGACAACACUUCUUUUAUUUGUGGAUUGGUGUGCAUGGCGGAUUGUCAGACUACCCUUGGAACCUUUUUAUUUGACGCGGCCCUUUUGUAUAUCUGCAGUUGUAGUGUCUUGUGUAGGCUAUGUCUGUGUCCCACUACUACGCAUUUUGAAGAUUCACUCAAUCAUUAGGAAAGAAGGGCCUGCUAGGCACUCUUCUAAGAAGGGCAUCCCCACAAUGGGCGGGUUGUUUUUUGUACCAAUUGGUAUAAUUGUUGCAGAAGUACUAGUUGGUUUUUCUUCCAUUGAGGUUUCUGGUGCAGCAGCAGCAACUCUAGCUUUUGCUGCAAUUGGGCUACUUGAUGAUAUCUUAAGCCUCAUCAAGAAUCAUAAUAAUGGUUUGUCUGCUUGGAUGAGGAUUCUUUUGGAGGUAGCCGUUGGAUCAUUGUUUUCGUUUUGGUUGGAUAACACAAAGAUUUCAUCACCCUACAGCAUGAAAAUGUUGGUUCCUCUACCUCCCCCACUGGGGCUUGUUUUUCUAGGAAAAUGUUAUCUACUUCUGACUUCAUUCUGCUUUGUUUCCAUGGCGAAUGGAAUUAACUUAACAGAUGGUCUUGAUGGAUUGGCUGGAGGGACUGCUGCAUUGGCUUUUAUAGGAAUGUCAAUUGUGGUACUUCCAAUAUGUUCUGAUCUUGCUAUAUUUGGAGCAUCGAUGGCAGGAGCUUGUAUCGGUUUCCUUUCCCACAAUCGAUACAAGGCAUCUGUAUUUAUGGGUGAUACGGGUUCGUUGGCACUAGGUGGAGCUUUAGCUGCAAUGGCUUCUUGUACAGGAAUGUUUCUUCCAUUAUUCAUUUCGUCUGGGAUCUUUGUCUUGGAAGCAGCAUCAGUUAUAAUGCAGGUAUCCUUCUUCAAGACCACCAAAUGCUUUCACGGAGCUGGCCACCGCUUAUUCCGGAUGGCACCAUUUCACCACCACCUUGAGCUAUGUGGAGUCAAAGAACCAGUUAUUGUUGCAAGCGCAUACGUUCUUUCUUGCGUGUUAGCUUUAUUUGCAGGAUAUGUGGGUCUUAUUUCAGUGUAACUAGUCAAAAGCAUUUUUGCCUGACCCCUUUAUUGUUUUAGCAUGUUCACUUAUAAUUGUCAUUCCGUUCUUCCUCUUUUUGUUAAUUUUAUUUGUUGUCUUUGUUUUCGGCUGCCACAUCCAUUCUUUGAUAGAGAAAAUGUGAAAUUUAUAUAUAGAAACAAUGCAUAUAUAUAUAUAUAUAUAUUGGAGGUUUAUGCAGGCUGAUUCUGAGUACAAGAUCACUUAUUUCAAUUUGAAUGGAAACAAUUCAAUCUCGGAGAUGAGUUUUAUUAAUUA